AUGUCCAUCCACACCAAGCUGCUGAACAAGGAGCAUGUGAUUGAGGCCCAAUUCAGGGCCAAGUUCAAGUUCCUUGGCUGCCAGAGGAUCCACAUCUCCAAGAAGUGGGGAUUUGCUAUGUUUAAUGUGGAUGAAUUUGAAAUCAUGGUGGCAGAAAAGCAGCUCAUCCUGGAUGGCAAUGGGGUCAAAUACAUUCCUAAUUGUGGCCUCCUGGACAAUUGGGUACUCUGCCUACUGCCAGCUCUGACCUUGGGGCCCCGAGAAGGCGAGAAGAGUUCGCGGCGUGGCUGGGUUUUUAGUCUCACCAGGAGUCCUGCUUUCCUGGGGACAGGUCAGCAGCAGCUUGGCCCGUGCGCAUUCAGGGAAGAGCGCGCCUGCUCAGGAAGCUCUGAGCCAGACCGGCGGUGGAAGCGCCAAGCGGGCGGUGGAGGCGGCAGCCGGGCGACCCCAGGUCACACCCGCUGCCCGCAGGCCGCCCGCCGCGUCCGCGCCCCGGGAUUCCCGCGCUCAGUCGGUUCCCCGGGAGUCGCCAUAGCAACGAACGCCGGCUUCUGGACUCCGCAGGAGGCGCACGGCCGGGCGGCCACCUCCGCGGCUCCCAUGGAGAGCUGUGGCGACGCGCCUGAGACCGAGGAGUGCUGGAAGAUCAUCGAGAGCCUGGAGUCCACUAUUGAACAGUUCCGCUCCAGCCCCAGAUUUAACAUUUCAGAUGAUUUGAAGAUUGGCUUUUUCAUCACAGACCAUGCUACUCAAACAGAUUCCAGUGAGAUUUUGCAAUUACAGGAGUUGAGUUCAUCUACACAAAAGCUUGUGCAGGUUAUUAAAUCCCUUCAAGUGGAUUUUGGGUUCCUCAAGCAAUUGCUUCACCUGAAGUUUGAGGACCGUCUUAAAGAGGAAUCAUGCAGACUCUUCACUUCUCUACAUGACAGGAUCCUGACAGUUGAAAAACGUUACCAGCAGAAUGAGGACACCUUAAGAAAAUGCUACAAUCAGCAGCUGGCCGACGCCAUAGCUACUAUCAAAGGAAUGUACAAGCAGUUCUUUGAGGCGGAAGACAAGAAGACAUCUGUGCAGGACACAAUGACUGCCAGGCUGAAUCUCUUGUUAAGGAAACUGAAGGAGAAAGAAGAACUUAUUAAGGAAUUACGAGAAGAACUAGACCAAUUUGAAGAACACGGAUUUCAGAAAGUUGACUCUUUUAUCAAAGACACCUGCCCUCUAAGAGCAACUCUAGAAAGGGAAAAUUUGGAGUACAAAAUGGAAAAUGAGAGACUGCUUCAAGUCAUUUCAGAACUCGAAGAAGAAAUCAAACUCAAUCUAAAAGAAAAUUCAAUAUUAGAAGAUGAAAUUAUAAGUCUGAAAGAGACAGCCGAAAAGGAUCAUAAAACCAUUCAAAAGCUAAUUGGUGGUAGAGACAAAUUAAUAUAUGAGCUUGAGUUUGAAAAAUCAUUAGUUCAAGAAAUGGUUAAUAAACAGAAAGAAGACAUUGAAAUGAGAAAAAAGUUUGAUAUCAUAGGCAUCAAGAGUCCCAGAGCCAUCAAAGGAAAAGAAAUCACUUUGUCCCCAUGGCCCUCCCAGCCCAAGAGUGCAGGUGUUUUUAGGCCUCAGUCUUCUUCCAUCGCUUCACUGACUCCAAAAACCAAAAGAAUCAAGAGUCUAAAGAAGGCAGCAAAGGAAGAGCAGCCUAUGGUUAAACAUGUAAUACCUGCUGUGAUGCAUGGAGAAGAGGCAAGACUAUCAGUGGCUAAGAUCGAAGAAGAGAAACAUGCUUUGGAAGAGCAAGUAGAAAUAUUAAAGGCUAAGUUAGAGAGAGAGAGAAAGAAGUCAGAAAGGUUUAAGAAGGAAUUGGAUCAGAUAAGCAAAAACUGGGAAAAGAAAUUAUUAAUUCUCAGAAACAGCUUUCAUGUCCUUAAGAAUGAGAUGUUUACUCGGCACACGUUGUUUCGGCAGUUUGCGGUGCUUGCUGAUACAUCCUUCAAUUAUGUUAAAGUGAAACCUUUAUUUGUGCAGUCCAAAAUGAACUUGAUAGCAGAGUCAGCGUCUUCUGAAAGUAUUUUUCAGUCAGCUUCGAUAGACAACAAGGGGGCAGACAUAGUCAGUGAUCAGUUAUCCCUCCCACAUUCACCAAAAGUGAGGCUGUCGGAACCCCUGGAAGAAGACCUUUUGGAGAAGCCAUCCGUGCCCCAGAACACCCCAGCGGACGGUCUGGAUGCUCCUCCUGAGUAGCGUCACACAACACUGGGCCGAGCGGAGCUGGACCCCAGAAAAAGGGCCCUCCCCAUCCUGGCGCGAGGCCUGCCUCCCUCGCGAGGGAUACAGUCUCCAAGGCGCUUCUAAAUGAACCGCUCCGUCUCUCCAGAUGUCGUGCGCUCACUGGAGCACCGCCCUUGAGAAGGCGAAGGGCGCCCUCUGUGCACCUUCCCAGGCCCUCGGUCUCCCUAUACCACGAAGUCAAACCGAUCUGCUGUCUCCUCGUCUGCCAGCUGAUCCCCAUAGAGGCGAACAGUAAAACCCCCAAAGAGGGUUUCCGUUUCCUCUAAGCAGGUCCACUCUUAUCUUCCAUAGGCACGGGGCUCCUAGACGUAUCUUAAACGCCGAUAACAGCUCUUUAGUAAGUAUGGAAACUCUUUGGAGUUUUGCUUCCCGGUUAGUGUCUAGAUGAAGAUUCUUCUAAGUGUCGGUUCUUUACGGAAUGCCCAGGGCCGGUUCCUGCAAGUCCGGGUCGCUGUCUUCCGUGCGUAAAGGUCGACUCGGUCCUUUCCGGUCCCCUCACUGCAAGUCGGGCGCAGGCUGUAGCUCACUCUGAAGAUGGUAGGCACUGGAGUCCGGAUUUCUAAGGCUAUUGAUGAAAUCUCAAGAAAUAUAUUUGUGGUAGCUGUCACAUAAAGCUGAUCUACCCUGGUACAAAAGAAAGCGAGAGAGGCGAUUUAUUUGUGCGUAAAAGGCAGUGGGUUUAAUUGGAGAGAGAGACGUGUUACUUUCACCGCAAGUACAUGGGGUGGCAUGGCGGUGGAGCAUUAUUCGAGCUUCAUCUACUAUGCACUAUAUGCCACCGUCUCCAAAGGAGUGUUGCCCUAGAAACUUGUUUUAAAUCUGCUGCUAUAUAUCAACACCUUGUUUUAGCAGUCCUUGGCUGAAUUACAGUUACACAGUUUGGCGCUUCUUUCAAAUUUCCUCCCAUCAGUUUGGCUAAAGAAAGGAAUUUUUCUCCUUUAGAAAUGAAUUGGCUUAAUUAGUAAGUAGAUUAAUGGCAAUUGCUGGUGAGUUGGUUUCCAGCAGAGUUUCACCAGAGAGGGUUAA